AUGGCAGAUUACAACAAGUUGCAUUCCAUAGAACCGAGGGUUCUAACCCCAGAACAACAAGCUGUUCUUGACGCUCUUGAUCAACCGAGUGGCAGAGGCAAACGAGUAUGUGUCAAGAAGGAAACAACUGAGGCUAAAACUUCUAAGCCUUCAAAGAGCAAGAAACAAAAGACCGAAACCGAAAGCUCUUCAAAGCCAAAGAAGAUCAAACGCAUGGCUCGAAAACCAAAGGGUCCAACUCCUCCACCAUCUGACGACGAGGAUGAUCAGGAAGCCGACUCUCCUCAUGAAUCUCCACGAGGUAAAACUCCACCUCGUUCUCCUUCACCAAUUCCAGAAGAUAAAAUUCCAACACCACCUCCAUCACCAAAACAAUUCCCUCCUAAACCAGAAACAGUUAAAAUUCCAACCCCAACCCCACCCCCACCCCCUUCACCAAAACCAACACCACCAAAACAACCAACUCCCACACCGACACCUGAGAUACCAGUUUUGGUUGUUUUAACUGUUGGGGUCAACGUAUCUCAUACGGGGGCACCUACUGUAUCUGAAACCCCAGCCACUCCUAUACCUCCCUCACCAACCAAAUCAACCGAUUCUGGUGCGACUCUCGGUGUUGACAAUGAUGAGUAUGAUUCCACACACUUUAGUCCCUAUCGUUUGCAAUUGGAUGAGGAUACUGAAGGUCCAAUCAAUCGACAACACUUGGACAGUAUCCACGAGAAGCUUGACAAGUUGCUGGCUGAUACAAAAGCUUAUGGCGGGGUUGUUCUAAAAGCCUUUGUGGAAGCCGCCAUAGAGCAAUAUACUAAGGCCAUGGAAAAAUCAACUGAAGCUGUUAACGAAUACACUUCACUUGGCAAGAAAGCUACGACUGAUAUUGCUGAGGUUGUUCGCACAACUCAGAUUUUUCUUGACUCUUUGAAAGGGCAUGCAGACACCAAUGCAGCUCAAGUUCGUGCUUCUGUUGAUUCACUUUCUCAAGCUUUAAAGGAAGAACACUUGAAAUUUGAAGACGUUUGCUCCUCUCUGAAAGCCAAUAAUGCGUCUCUCAUAAGUUUGGUUUCUUCAAAACUGGACUCUAUGCAUGCUGAGAUAGCCAAGGAGAGUGCAUUAAAAGAAUAA